AGAAGGCGAGGGGUCCAGAACCAGAGGAGCAGUCCAAGGAAGCAGCAGAGCUUAUGAAGGAUGAGCAGCAGGAAAUAGGUGCCAGGAAAAGGAUCGAGGAGCCAGCCAGUAGCUGAGAAGAGAACACAUACCCAAAGGUGGCAUGUGGUGUCUCACAGACAGUUUCUGGGCAGAAGUAGACAAACUGGCCAGCAGGCGAGAACACUCAUGCUUAAGCAUCGCUGCAGGAAAACACCACAUAGCCACAGGCAGACGGAAACCAGAGACGCAGAGGUCGGGGACAGAAGGCUGGGCCGUGUCACGGGGGCAGCAGGCCAAGCAAAGCACCCCACAUGUACCUCUCCCCAGCAACGCUUUGCAGCUCCUCCUGGGGGACCCCAAGGUGUUCCCAUGCAAGAUGUUCGAGCUCCUUAUCCUAUCUCUAAGGUUCAGCCCAGCCAUGCCAUGGAGAAAACUAACUUUGGCCACGUGUAUAUGCGAUCUCAUUCUUUUGGUCACUUCCCUGUGCCACUCCACAGGCAGUCCAGACAGCUCAACAAUGUAUAGUAGGGUCGACCACCUCUACACCUUCUUUGUGCAGUGGUCACCAGACAUCUACACUAAGGGCAGCAAGAAGCACCGCCAGCCCCGCUACAUCAUCAGGGAGAAACAACUAAAACGUUGUCUGGUAGUGGAGAAGAACAAGGUGGCUGUGAUCAACAAGAUCCUCAGUAACUCCGUCAAACCCACUGCUAAAAACUGGGAGAUUAUCAAAGUGAAGGACUCCAAGCGCCGCCUGAGUCUGUGUAGCUCGGAGGGCUCUGAAGCAGAGCAUGAUUACCACGAGGAAGUUGAUGCUCUUCCCGUCCUGAGCCAACACAGCCAGCUGCUGGAUGACCACCAACUGGAGACACUUGCUGCUCACAUGCCAGCCAGGACUCAGGGCUGUCCAUGGCAACUGGUCUACAGCACAGCCGUCCAUGGGAGCAGCCUGCGGACUCUGUACAGGAACAUGGCCGAGCUGGACAGCCCUGUGCUGCUGGUCAUCAAAGACAUGCACAAAAAGGUGUUUGGGGCUUUUUCUUCUGAUCCCUUCAAAGUCAGCAAACACUGCUACGGCACAGGAGAAACCUUCCUGUUCAGCUUUAACCCUGAGUUCCAGCCAUACAGGUGGAGCGGUGAGAACUCCUACCUGGUGAGCGGCAACUUGGAAUCUCUGCACAUUGGUGGAGGAGGGGGUGGAUUUGGGCUGUGGCUGGAUGCUGAUCUGUACCGCGGCUCAAGCUUCUCAUGUCCCACCUUCCACAACGCGUCUCUCUCCACACAGGAAGACUUCAUUGUACAAGACCUUGAAGUCUGGACUGUGAUGAACUGAAGAGAGAACAUUUGAAAACAUGAGCUAAAAACAAAGCAGAACCCACUGUCCUGUCUGGACAAAACUUCCAGACUUCAGGGAGCACCUGUGGUUCGAGCCACUACUGUACAAGACCUGAUAGAGUAGUUGCUAUCAUCUGUGCACCUGGCUCAGAUCGGCCCACAUACAGUAGUAGAGGCCUGUUGUGGUGGAUCUCGGGCUGGACUGGUUUGAUCUGUGCCUGAUAAAGACAAAGUGCCAGAUGAAAUCCUGCGAUUGAGGGUCCUGCUGCUUUAAACUACUGGUUAUGCAUCAGUGGCCCCGAGCUAAGUCCAGUCAGUAACUGGCAUCUGACGCUUUAAACCCUCCAUGCCCUCCCUUCGUUGUGGGGAGCAUUAUAAUACAAAGUUCACAGUUACACUGUUGAAUAAAAAGAUUGUGACGACUGUAAGCACAUUCAGGAUUUAAGGAAAAUGUUUUUCUAUUUUCUGCGUAACAGCCAUGUUUGGGGCAUUUUAAAAUGUGCGUUUACAGUAUGUAUCUGUGUGUGUGUGUGUGUGUGUGUGUGUGUUUAAGUGUACAUAUGUUUUAUUUGCUAUCAUGGUCCCAAGGUUUAUGAAACAUACUUGGUGCAUAAAGGGCCAUAUGAAACUUCAAAAGAGAGAAAAAGAGAAAGUUAAAUGAUUACUUUAUGAUAAAAACACUGUAACAUGAUAGGACCUGCAAUGGCUUAUCUGGAUUCUAAUUGUACUUACUUAACGUGAGGUCUUGUUUUAAUAUCAUUCAUUUGAAAACUACUGCUGCAGAUGAAGACCUAACCACUCAGGAUGAGAAAUAAAAGUAUUGGGUUGCACUAUAAAUUAUGUAUUGCCUGUGAUGUAUGUGGUUUGUGGAGGAAGAGACCUCAACUGUUAUCUUUCACUUCUGUUUUUUGGAAAGUGAGACACCUGCCUGCUUAUUUGCUUACAGACAAUAUUUACAUGUAUUGACAAUAUUAUUUUACGUAUUUUUACUAUCUAUUUAUAAAUGUAUUUUAAAGAAAAUCUGAACAGAAACGCAAAGCAAAAAUUCUUGUUGUUCUGGUUUCAUAUUUCUUUAUGUUUGUGUGUACAUCAGAGUCUGCACUGCUAAUGUUGUUUUGUGAUACCACAUUAAAACUUUGUCUUUCCUGGUGAUGGACAAUGUUUUCAAAGCAUUCAUAUUUUCUUAUGAAUAAACCCUUAAAACAACAUCA